AUGGGUAUUUCUAGAGAUUCACGUCACAAAAGAUCAGCCACAGGUGCUAAAAGAGCCCAAUUCAGAAAAAAGAGAAAGUUUGAAUUGGGUAGACAAUCGGCUAACACCAAGAUUGGACCAAAAAGAAUCCACACUGUCAGAACUAGAGGUGGCAAUGAAAAAUUCAGAGCUUUGAGAGUUGAAACCGGUAACUUUUCAUGGGCUUCUGAAGGUGUUGCUAAAAAGACCAGAAUUGCAAAUGUUGUUUACCAUCCAUCGAAUAACGAGUUGGUUAGAACCAACACUUUAACUAAAUCAGCUGUUGUCCAGAUUGAUGCCACACCAUUCAGACAAUGGUACGAAAACCAUUACGGAGCUACUUUAGGUAAGAAGAAGAACCAACCAGCUGCUUCUGAAACUGAAGAAGUUAAAAGAUCAAGAAAAUUGGAAAGAAAGUUAGCCGGAAGAUCAGGUGCUGCUGCUAUAGAACAAGCUGUUGACUCUCAAUUCGGUGCUGGUAGAUUAUAUGCUAUCAUUUCAUCAAGACCAGGUCAAUCUGGUAGAUGUGAUGGAUACAUUUUAGAAGGUGAAGAAUUGGCCUUCUACUUGAGAAGAUUAACCGCUAAGAAAUAA